GCUUAGACAUCAUCAACACGGCCGUACGCUUUGGAACGGAGAUCACACACAGAGACACAGAGUGGUGUUGGUCUAGUGAAAGUAGUCAAUCCACUUCGUUUUUGGCCCCUGCGGGUGCUUCGCCGCGCAGCGAGUUGAGGUUUUAGUGAAGCUUUAGUGUGCAGCAUCCGGCCGGUGCUCAUCAAACGCUUCGUGAAGCUUAGCAGGGCACUUCUUCCCAAAACCGGUGGCGCGUGACUUCACUGUUCAAACCCUAACCUCCAAACCUCUUCUUACGGCGGAAGAAGAACGGAACUUCCACAAUGAGACUGUCCUGGAUGGCGGGUCCAUUGUGCGCCCAGCCAUGCAUCCUGCUCCUACUGCUGGUACUCAUCCAGACCCUUCAGUUCGCCGCAUCGUACGAUCCAACCGAUAAGGAGAUUGCAAACAUUAUCCCCCCGAAAGGAACGUUCGAAGCGUUCUACCCGCGCGAGAUGUACGGCGUGAAGAAUGGCAACUCACGACCGGCCCACGCGCACGGCAGCUUCUAUGCGCACCGCAACCCGGCCCUGGUGGACGUGCGCAAUGCUGCCGCCUACGGGUUCCGGUUCGAUGGCAAGCGUCGGUUUAACUUUGAUUAGCACCGGCUGGCACUAGUACGACUUUGAAAUGCUUCUUCUGUCUGUGUAUUUUCUCUCCUUACAAUAAAAUAAUGGCAAAGACA